ACCAACAAAACGGUCGAAUGUAUCCAAAUUUACGGCAAUAACAUUCCUCUUGUGUUCUACCCCUCUCUCAGAAGGCUUGAAACGGCAUUCGAUCCCUGAAAAAUUAUUCAUUUUGUAGGCCGAGCAGUCGGGAAAAGCCAACAAAACGGUCGAACGCACCAUAAAACACACGAAAAUAUCCAAAUUUACGGCAAUAACAUUCUUCUUGCGUUCUACCCCUCUCUCGGAAGGCUUGAAACAGCAUCAGAUUCCUGAAAAAUGAAAAAAAUGGCCGAUCAGUCGGGAAAAGCCAACAAAACGGUCGAAUGUACCAUGAAACAGACCAAAUUAUCCAAAUUUAUGGCAAUACCAUUCCUCUUGCGUUCUACUCCUCUCUCGGAAGACUUGAAACGGCAUCAGAUACCUGAAAAAUGUAAAAAAAUGGCCGAGCAGUCUGGAAAAACCAAGAAAACGGUCGAAUGUCCCAUAAAACACACCAAAUUAUCCAAAUUUACGGCAAUAACAUUCCUCUUGCGUUCUACCGCUCUCUCGGAAGACUUGAAACGGCAUCAGAUCCCUGAAAAAUGUAAAAAAAAUGGCCGAGCAGUCUGGAAAAGCCAACAAAACGGUCGAAUGUCCCAUAAAACACACCAAAUUAUCCAAAUUUACGGCAAUAACAUUCCUCUUGCGUUCUACCGCUCUCUCGGAAGACUUGAAACGGCAUCAGAUCCCUGAAAAAUUUAGAAAAAUGGCCGAGCAGUCUGGAAAAGCCAACAAAACGGUCGAAUGUACCACGAAACACACCAAAAUAUCCAAAUUUACGGCAAAUACAUUCCCCCUGCAUUCUAAUCCUCUCUGGGAAGGCUUAUAUAAGCUUCAAUAUACCUACAAAUAA